CUCCAAACCCCACGGAUCUCAAUCUCAAUCAUAAGCAGCUUCGCUUGGUGCGGUCGAGGCGCUCACUCUGUUGGCGCAAAAAUGGGCUCCUCCUCCGCCACCACCUCCUCCUCCUCCGGCGAGGGCGGCGGCGAGGGCGCCGCCAUGGUGGGGCGGAGGAGGAGGAAGGAGGGGUUGGGGUGGAUCGAGUGGGGGCGGGGCUGGUGCGGCGUCGUGGGCGAGUUCCUGUUCCAGCGCAUCGCCGCGAGCCACCUCGAGAACCCCCUCCCCCUCCCCCCGCUCGACGGGACCACCUUCGUCGUCACCGGCGCCACCAGCGGCAUCGGCCUCGAGAUCGCCAGGCAGCUUGCAGAAUCUGGAGCACAUGUCGUGAUGGCUGUAAGGAGACCGAAGUUAGCUCAUGACCUGAUCCAGAAAUGGCAGAAUGAGAAAUCCGAAAUGGGUAUGCCACUUAAUAUCGAGGUGAUGGAGCUUGAUUUGCUCUCCCUCGACUCUGUCGCAAAGUUUGCUGAUGCUUGGAAUGCUCGAUUAGCACCAUUACAUGUAUUAAUCAAUAAUGCAGGCAUUUUUGCUAUUGGAGAGCCACAACGGUUUUCAAAGGAUGGGUACGAAGAACACUUACAAGUGAACCAUCUGGCCCCAGCGUUACUAUCAAUGUUGCUUUUGCCUUCCCUUCUUCGAGGCUCUCCCAGUAGAAUUAUAAAUGUUAACUCCAUUAUGCAUUAUGUGGGUUUUGUUGACACGGAAGAUAUGAACUUGACAUCUGGGAAAAAGAAAUACACAAGUUUAUGGGGAUAUUCAAAUAGCAAAUUGGCACAGGUAAAGUUCAGCAGCAUCCUUUAUAAGAGAAUUCCUGCUGAAGCCGGUAUUAAUGUACUUUGUGUUUCCCCUGGAAUUGUUCACACAAAUGUUGCCAGGGAUCUGCCCAAGAUUGUAGUAGCUGCUUAUCAUCUAAUCCCCUACUUCAUAUUCGAUGCCCAGGAAGGUUCUAGAAGCACUCUCUUCGCGGCCACCGACCCGCAAAUCCCCGAAUACUGCGGGUUAUUAAAGGCUGAUGAAUGGCCUGUUUGCGCCUGCAUCUCGCACGACUGCCGCCCGAUGAAUGCAUCGGAAGAAGCGCAUAACCUGGAGACUUCGCAAGAGGUGUGGGAGAAGACACUGGAAAUGAUCGGGCUCCCUUUGGAUGCUUUGGAGAAGCUUAUCGAAGGGGAGGAAGUUCAGUGCCGUUAUGGAUCGAAGCCCGAGUGAAGUACCUUUUACCUUUCGAGUGGCACCUCGAUUUGGUGUUUACAGGUCGUUCGAAAGCCAGAUUACAGAAAUCCCCGCAAUACAUCACAAUUUUAUUUCCCUGAUAAUUCAGUGGAGAAAAAUGUAGGUUUUUUAAACUUUUGGAGGGCAAUGUGAAAAUCACGAUAUUUAUGUGCGCAUUUUCUGCGCUUUUGACCUAAUUAGACAAUAUUCUUUGCUUUCUCAUCUGUUUUUUUUUUUUUUUUUUUUCAAAUUUUUAAUUUCUGUGGAGCUAUGUUCAGGGUUGAUGAUCUAUAGCAUACUCUGAUGCCGAAACGGCGGGGGAACCAAUCUGGGGGUUUUGUGAUUUAUUGGUGUAAACUGCAGUAGUCCUUGUACUUGUACUUGAGAGGUGUCCCAUAUUGUGAUGUACCCUUUUUGUAGUUUUAGUAUCACGUGAUUUUGCUGUAUCAUUUUA